AUGAAUUCGAAACAAAAGUAUUAUGCGAUGGAGAUGGUUCUAAUGGAUGAGAAGGGUUUCAAGAUACAAGCUUCUGUUCGUAAGGCUCUGCUGCCUCGAUUUGAGAAUAAGAUUCAUGAGGGUAUUGUUUAUAAUUUUCAAUAUUUUGGGGUUGCCGCUAAUACUAGAGGGUAUAGGACCACGAAAAUCCAAUUCAAGUUGAAUUUGCACAGUUCUACUGUGGUUACAGAAAUUGAUGUUGUGGCCAUUUUGUCUGUUGUUGGACAUGAAAGGGUCUAUGAAAGGAAUGGUGUAACUACUAAGUUUAAGGUUAUUGAGUUACUAUCCGAUGGGAUGAAGCUUGACUGUACACUGUUUGGACCAUAUGUUGAUGAACUUGAUGCAUACCUCAAAUCUGGUAACACCGACACUAUUGUUGUUCUUGCUCAAUAUCUGAAAGUCAAAUUGUAUAAAGGAAAAAUCCAGAUGCAGAAUGCAAUGAACUGUAGCAAACUAUUGUUCAACCCAAAAACACCCGAGGCAGAUUAUUUAAAACUGAACGAUAACAUUGGAUCGCCUACUCAACCUUUUAGUUAUAUGAAGGAUGCUUCUGAGAUGAGUUUAGAAGAAGAUUUUUUAAAUCCGAUUCAAUGCAAAACAAUAGAGGAACUAAAAGAUUGUCAAGAUGUUUAUUUGACAUUGUUAUUUGGUUUUAAUUUUAUGUCUACGAAAUAUGGUUUGUCUUGUGGUAGGCACGAUCAAACAUGGUAUUGGUGGCAUGCUACAUGUGUGUGCAACAAGGGUGUUGUUGUGGAUUCCAAAAGGUUCCGUGUCAAACUCAAAGUAAUUGAUGAAACUGAUUCUUCUACUUUCGUGCUUUUGGAUCGCGAUUGUUAUUUUCUGACCAAAAUGACAUGUUCUGAUUUGAUUGCUGAAAUGGACCGACAUGAACAGUCUUUUCGCGUGAAAAAAAAAUCUAUUGAUGAUGAUUUGGCAGUUGGUGUGGUUCAAAGUGAUAUGUUUGCUGGUGCAAUUCAGGAUCUGAAUUCCAUUGUGAAGAAAAAUACUGGUGUUGAAGAAAUUACCAUUGGUUCUCCUGUUCAGAAUGAGUUGGUUGCUAGGUAG